CGGCUUUCUGUUUUUCAAAAAAAUUUUUUUUCAAUUCCUCUGGGAUUUACUGAUUAUCUAUUUUUGUUUUUUUCAAGCCUGUGCCGGUUGCGGAGACCACCUCCAAUCAGGACAAAUACUUUUGGCAAUGGGGCAUAGUUGGCAUGUUUGGUGUUUUAAAUGUGCAGAGUGCGCGGCUGUUCUCCAAGGGGAAUAUAUGGCUUAUGGUGGGAGGCCUUUGUGUUUGAGGGAUUAUGACAGAAUAGCAGGAGUAAAAUGCUGUGAAUGUGAUCGCUUUAUCGCUGGAAAAGUUUUGGAGGCUGGCGGUUAUAAAUUUCACCCAACCUGUGCUAGAUGUUCACGUUGUCAACUUCCGUUUGAAGAAGGGGCAGAAAUAUAUAUGCAAGGAAAUGAAAUUUGGCAUCCAAAUUGUGAACAUUAUUUAACUACUGAAAAUAUCGCGGUCUCAAAAUCGCCAUCAAAGGGUACUAAAUUCCAACCACAUUUUGGUCAGCAUUUGACUUACAUGUAUAUGUUACCAGAAGCUGAGCAAACUUAUUUAAAACAUCCCAUAGCUCCAAAUCCUCCACAACCAACACAAUUCCACACUCCACAUGGACCGGUAAUAAAAAUAAGAAAAUCGCGUUAUUCGAUGCUCAAAACUGGAAUGCAAAGACUAACUGAGGAUUUGGAGAGAACACGUCCUCGUUCGCGCUCCUCUUCUGUAGAUAAUGAAGAACCUAUAGAAUUGGCACAUUACCCAGGGGCUAAAGUGCCCGAUCCUGAUCAUGUACCGCCAAUAGAUAGAGAAGAUUUCCCAGCACCUCCCUACCCUUAUGCUGUAGAAGAAUUAAAAAGGCGUCUAUCCUCCUCUUCAAUAGAAAAUGAUGAAGACGAAGAAGAAGAAUUGUUAAAUGCCGAAGGAAAAAUUUUAAGACAAGAAGAAAGAGUACAAAAACACGUUAAAGCUUUAGACACAAUAGACAAAGAUUCUUCUAUAGCUUACGUAAUUAAACAAAAUUUGGUUGAACAAACAGAAAGAAAGAGAGGAGGAAUUGAACAACAAAGAUUACAUUGGGACCCGAGAAAUGCGAGUAGAACACCUUCAGCGAAGAAAAUGCCCCAUUUAAAAUUUAGAUAUGAUACGCCUAUUAAUGCUUGUAAGGAGAUUUUUUUGAAGAAAAUCAGAAUUUUUAUGAAAAUUAGAAUUCUGAUGGCUCCAUCAAGGCAUUUAAAUCGCCCAAAGCCUUGGAUUUUUUGGAAAAAUGGUAGCGGGGAGGAGCGUGCAGCAACAACAGCAAUUCCAAGUUUUCAUUUACCACAAAGCAGGAUGUGUACAAUGGAUGGAAGUGCUAGGGCUGUAACAAUGCCUGACGGCUAUGGAUAUUAUGCUGGUGGUGGGGGUGGAGCUGAUACAACAAUUAGCACACAUUAUUCUGACCGUGAGAAGAAAUUUUUUUGUAAAAGAGAUAAAGAUGGCGCUUGA